AUGCUGUUCGCCACGAAAUCGGUAUUCUUGACACUGCUCUUGGUGCUCUCAACGUCGAGCAUACACCCCACCUUCGCGUUGUGGGGCCGGACUGCAGCAUCAUCGGCGACUCAAGCUACCCGCGAUGUUCAACAAGGUGACACUCCGCUUCGGAGCGGAGAAUUGUUGCAUCCCCAAGCUUCUACAGACGACAAUCACAUCAAUCAAAAUGCAGCAUUUCCAAGUGAGCAUCGUCACGCAUGACAACCGCAUACAUGCUGGCAUGUCGUAUAUCAGAGCUCACAUCUUGGCCAUCAGAUACCGCGCAACUCGACGUGCCAGCCUCAAUGUACUCUGCCGUCUUCUCUCAUGCGCACGUAGCCCUCCAAGAGUACGAAAAGAAGCCAGACUGCCUCUUGGAUGCAGCGUCGCCAUCGCACUGCACUGACAUCAAAGACAGACAAGGCGCACGAACGCGAGGUGCGUGACUGAGCGUGUUGCGUAGGGCCGAAGUCACCCUUUUGCCAUCGAUUGUCUUAGACCUCUCAUCCAAUACAGCUGCCAUCGCCAUGACUCUAUGUGAAAUCUCAACAGCAAAAUUGUCCGUCCCAUUGGAGUGCACACGGCUCGCCGAGCACUCUGAGCCAUCAGCUUGUGUAGAGUCAGUAUCAGUGCCGCUCCGCACAAUCCAGCGGUACUUGGGAAGAACCACCCUGACAAGCACUCACUGUCUGUCGCAGAGCCUUGUCAAGAAGCCCCCAACUAUGGGCCAGCUACAGUGGUCACUUGCGCGAUAUCGCCACGCUGUGUCUUGCAUUUGGCCAGUUGCGUGAAGUUGGUCAGUCGCGGUGCAUGCAUCCUCUGCGGGGCGGUCUGCUGAUCAGCUCGCUUCUUUGGGCAGACGAAGCGCGACAGCUGUACGCAAGCUUGGCUCGUGAGAAGAAGGCGCUGCUGGAACUGUUGAAGGCCCGUGAAGCAAGCACCAAGCAAUUCGAGCAGCAAGCGCGUGCUCGCAUGAACGAAGAAGCGCAGGCCCGUGACAAAGCUGCCACAGACGCUCUCCAUGAGGCUGCUUUGAAAGUGAGCAACGCCUUGGGGCGCUGAAGUAAUUCAGAGUUCUGACAUCACGCUAUACUUUUUAAGCACCAUUCCCUCGUCGAGGCCCAGCUUAAUUCUGUAUCAGCAGAGCUGCUGAACUUGGUGCAUGGAGCGGUCGACUUCCACGUAGCAGAGCUGACAAACAAAGCGACAGCGCAUGUGGCAUCGAUACUUCGUUCAACAGAGCAGCUCAAGGGUUCACUUUCCGCAAGCAUCGACAUGAAUCAGAAGUCCUACGAAUAUGGUCUCAAAGCAAUGGGACGCCUGCGCGUUGCUUCAAGCGACGCGGGCCACGCUAUCGAAUCGCUGCGCUCAAGCAUCGAGGCUGCUGCGGAGAGCCAUCACCACAGGAGAGCUCUCUCUGCAGUGGCGGAGACGGAACACGAGGCUCACGUCCAGCGGCUCAGCGAGGGCCUUGCGAGGCUCAGCGAGAACUUACUGGCGCAGCUAGCCAUCGUGAACGCGACCGCUCGCGCUACCGAAGGGUAUUCCUGGCAAUCGGUGGCUUUGCGACUGAUUGGACUGCCAGACAUGGGCGCCCCAAGCUUCUGGAACCGCCGAGGCCGUCUCGAGCAGCUCGUUGACACUCUGUCUCCAGGUGAGCACCGUUGGUGCGCAUCUACAGCUCGUGUGCUUCCAGUCUCUGACCAUUUUGAUGUCCCGCCCAGCUUCCUUCGCGGAAUCGUUCAUGCCUUCGGGUAUUGCUACCACCAUCGCCUUUUCAGCGCGCGGCCUGGCUUUUAUUACGCUGCUCCUGCUCCAAGCAGCGUAUUACUGUGCUCGUCAUUUGGUGGUGCGUUUCAGUAAAGACGCUUGCGGUGCUCUGAGUCGCGGCUCAUCUCGUUCUGACUCGGCUGGCAUCUUUAGGGACUAGCUUUGUGUCUGAUCGCUCUCUCAUCAAAGGCAGCGCGACCACUGCUGGCUCGUAUUGGGUCGCGUAUGGUGCGACCUGCGCAGGACAUUGAGCAAGCCUCUACCUCGAAUCCAUCGCGACGGAAGACGUCAAGAAUCCUGGAAACACGUCCAAAAUCUCGUGUCGCUAAUCGUCAACGAGAACAAAGGAUUCUACAGUUCCUCUUGAAUACACCAAUUCACCUCACAGUCCCUGACGGCCAAGGCAGGCCGAAGUCACCUCAUCCGUUGGCACACAGCCAAUCGCCGAGCAGCUCCUCCGCUGCACCUCUAUUUUCUCGCAACCAACCCGUACCACCACCAUCUCCCUGGUCACGCGCCAGCUCGGUUACAGCAACGGAAGACUAGACAUCAUUCAGCCUUAA